AUGGCCGAUGACUAUACUGACAAGUGUUGCCAACAACCGGGUUACGCGCCCUUCACUGAGACUCCGGGCGAGUAUUCGCACCAAUACUACAAAUGCAAAUGGGAACCUAUGGAACAUCAAUGGUUAUUGAACAUGAUGACUUGUCCUGAUAAACUCUUAUGGAAUCAGCAGCAUAUAUAA